AUGGACCAUAAAGACUUCUGCAUGCAAGAGACCUCAGAUACUAAUGGGGAUUUGCAGAAGAGUAGUGCUUCCAUCACUUCGGCGGAUGUCGCGCAUACGGUCACAGAGGUAAUGAUAAAUCAAGAUGGCGAUGGCGAUGACUCGGGUUUCCAGUCGCAUUGCGUCGACAGGACUUUGGAUCAAAAGGCUUCACUCAAUGGCCAGCUAAGACAAGAAAGUGACGAUGCCACGCCCUCAUCGACUGGAUCAUCAGAGAAGUCGGUUGUUUCGGGCGCCGCACGACGAGACGGCUCCGACGUCGUCUCUCAUCCUCGUCAUGUUGCUUUUACACCUGCACAGGUUAAGCGACGCUCUUUAAUCACUCUCCGUCGAAACAACGGUUCUCCUCCACCUCCUGCUUCCACUACCGCCAUUCGUGCUAAUCACAAGCUCUCCUUGUUGCGUAUGAGCACCUCAUUAUCCCAGGAGCAGUCUAGCAGCAGUUGCUGGAAGACCGUGGGUGGAAAUCACCCAGUCGCUCACACUGUGGCGGAGCGGCGGGCGCGAGCGGAGGCGCUGGAGGUGGAGCGCAGACGUGCGCGCCGCGCCAGUCUUGAGGCCUCCGAGGCGGCUCUUGAGGCUGCUCGUCAACGCGCGUACAGUCUACGCGUGGCGCGCAGUUUGGAGCUGCGCAACCGUGAAGAGGAGCGGCACGCCAAGGUCAUCGCGCGUCGCAAACGCCUUGAAGAGGAAAGAAAGGAGUACCUCAGUCGACGUAUCACAGGCACUGCGACAACCACGAAAACGGGUGGUCAGGUACACCAUCUGCGUUCUCUUCAACGUGUAAAUCCUAAGAUCUCGGUUUGCGGCUUCGCCUCCGAUCUGGAUCCAACCGAUCCACGCUAUUGUCCCUUUGGUUUUGGCAGCUCCACUCGUCGCGACGUCUGUCGGUCGUCAAUGCAGCAAUUAACUGCCACCAGAAAGACUGUUAGCUGUGGCGAUAGAGGUAGAAAUCAGCACGCAGCGAUUCCCAAACUUUCUACCUCAUUCACUGUGGAAUCAAGAAAAAGAUUAACAACGAAUGCUGCUGCAACAAUCACUUCCACGCACGCAGGACCUAGCGCAUCUCUUAAAGAUGGAAAUACCACCUCAACUCCUUCAAAGAGAAGAAAUUCUGGAAGCAUAACCCUUAAGGGCUCCAGCAAUUCAGGCCAAAUAUCUAAAGCACAGGAUGAGCCAAGACCACCGCAGUUUACCGGAUCUGAUAUAUCCAAGAAUCGCUUAAAAAUUCCACCUACUCCUACCCCUCGAUCGAAGGCUUUAACCUUGCAGCUCCCAAAGGCUUCUGAGGUCCCGAGCACCUCAUCUAUAUCCCGAACAAUGGAGAAGCAACGAUGCACGGCUGCUCCAAAAUCGCCCACCUGCGUGCGUGCAGGCUGCAAGUCCACAGAGGUGGAGGCGCAGACCUGUAGAGCGCGCCUGGACGAACAACGAAAACUUGCCCAAUCGAGUAAAUGUGAGGAAGAGAAUAACGGUCUACUUGAAACGAUGGCACGAUCCACCGUAAACGAGGCGAUCGACCUCGCAGUGGCCGAACACAAAGCCGAAGUCGUAGAGGCCUCUGCAGCCUUAGCAGGAACAAGGGCUUUGGAGAAGGCGGUGGGGUUGCUAGCCGGUCUUGCUGACUCCUCUGCCGUUCGUACGGAGCGCAGACGAUCACAUCAGCGAUGUUUGGUCGGUUACAGCACUGUAAAACCCAGGGCUGAUGGAAUGAGACUUCUGAGAAAUGCCUCGAUCUCUUCUAAGGAAGUAUUAAAUAAUGCUCUUGAAAGGAUGACACUGUCUGUCAAUGCAGGUUCAAUCAGGAAACCACAAUCGGAGGUGAUCUCAGCGCUGACGAAAGCAGCGUCGGAUGCCGACCAAAUCAUGAGUCGGGUACAUACACCGACUGGAACGCAGCCGCCAUUGCGACCCACCGUUAACCCUCCGCUUAGAAUUGCUGUAGAAAACAACAGCGUCAGUCGUGGUGAAGUGGACCGUUUGGAGUCACGUCGUCAUCUUCGACAGAAUGGUGCCACCAAGUGGAUGGUAGAGAGCGACCAGCUGGCCUUAAAUAGCAAAGCGACUCUCAUCCUGCGAAAUCAUCUCUCUCGCAAAAAACAGGCUCCGCCACCACUUGAACUCUGCUCACCCUGCACAGAAACGUCAAGCAUAAGUGAUUUGGACCCGCAUUUCACUAAUGGAUACAACGGCCAAUGCCAUGGUUCCGAGCUCAGCUUGGACACUCAACUUGUUAAACGGUCAACGUGUUCACCAGUACAAAUCGACAAGGACCAAUGUUUACACGAAAUCUUCGGCCGGCACUCGUCCGGCACUUCCACAACCAUCGCAACCUGCCACUCACCAAAUCGUCAGAUUCAGUCCGAUCGGUUAGCCUCGACCCAGCAUUCCACUUGUUCUGAUGUCAGCAUUACUUCUCGACUCCAACAUUAA